UUCGUGGUUCAAUCCAAAUACACACGCCGCUAGACGGACAGUCCAAUUUUUUCCUUUUUACCAAACUGUCUAAGUUUUAGAUUAACAACGAGUAAUAUCGCACAUGGAUUAAUAUUUUUCAGUGAAUGUUAAUUAUCCCAUGUGUAUUUAUAUUGAAUAAAAAGUAAAAGUAAAUAUACUUUUCGAAAAAACAAUUAUUUAGUAAAAUGGUGUUAUCUUGUCGAUUUUAUAAAGAAAAAUAUCCAGAAGUGGAGGAUGUAGUUAUGGUAAAUGUACGAAGUAUAGCCGAAAUGGGUGCAUAUGUACAUUUAUUAGAGUAUAAUAAUAUCGAAGGCAUGAUAUUACUUUCUGAAUUAUCUAGAAGACGUAUUAGGUCUAUUAAUAAAUUGAUUAGGGUAGGCAAAACUGAACCAGUUGUUGUUAUAAGAGUGGACAAAGAGAAAGGUUAUAUCGAUUUGAGUAAACGACGUGUAUCGGCAGAGGAUGUAGAAAAAUGUACAGAAAGAUACGCCAAAGCUAAAGCUGUAAACUCCAUCUUAAGACAUGUUGCUGAAUUGCUACAUUAUGACAAUGAUGAUCAAUUAGAGGAACUCUAUAAAAAAACAGCAUGGCAUUUUGAAGAAAAAUAUAAAAAACAGAAAGCUUCUGCUUAUGAUUUCUUUAAACAAUCAGUACUGGACCCCUCCAUUCUAGCAGAAUGUGGGCUUGAUGAACAUACAAAGGAAGUAUUAUUAAAUAACAUUAAAAGAAAAUUGACUUCUCAAGCUGUUAAGAUUAGGGCAGAUGUAGAAGUUGCUUGUUAUGGUUAUGAAGGAAUCGAUGCAGUUAAAAGUGCUUUAAAAGCUGGAUUGGCACUCUCUACAGAAGAACUUCCUAUUAAAAUUAACUUAAUUGCUCCUCCUUUAUAUGUCAUGACAACAUCAACACCAGAGAAACAGGAUGGUUUGAAAGCAUUAAGCGAUGCUAUUGAAGUUAUACAAGAAAAAAUAACAUUCUUAGGAGGAGUAUUUAAUAUUCAAAUGGCUCCAAAGGUUGUUACUGCUACUGAUGAAGCAGAAUUAGCAAAACAAAUGGAACGAGCUGAGUUUGAAAACGCAGAAGUUGCUGGAGAUGAUGACGAUGAAGAAGAAGUAGAAGGUAUGGAUGACUUCAGUGGUGGAGAAGGUGCAGAAGAUGAUAAAACAGGACAUGAGUCUACAGAAGAAGCUUGAAUCCAUAAUUUUUUACCAAUUCAUAAAUCCAAUUAAUAGACAAAUAUAACGUUUUUUAUUACACUUCCCUUCUAAAUAAAAAUAGUUUUACUUUUAUGGA